CAAGGCUGCGGGAGAGUUCCGUACCAUCCCCGCCCGAUUCCGCCCCCGCUCUCUCGCCGGCGCCGCCGUGGAAUUCUCGGCGAGGCUGCGCCACCGCGCUUCGCGAUGGUUCAGCACAAGAAGAAGGUAUCCGUGGCGUCCAAAGCCCGGAAGCCGAAGCGUGAUGCAGAGGAGAAGAAGUUCGGGAAGAAGGCCGACAUGACGGAGUUCCGGGCGCAGCUGGGCUUGCUGGGGUUGCAGAUAAUCGAAGUGACCGCGGAUGGCAACUGCUUCUUCAGGGCAAUGGGUGACCAGCUCGAAGGCAAUGAGGAAGAGCACAUGAAGUACCGUGGAAUGGUUGUGCGAUACAUUAAGGAGCACCGCGUGGAUUUUGAGCCAUUUAUCGAGGAUGAGGUCCCGUUUGAGAAAUAUUGUGAUUCUAUGCUUCAGGAUGGGACUUGGGCUGGUCAUAUGGAGUUGCAAGCAGCUUCUCUUCUCACGAGAAGAAACAUAUGCAUCCACAUGCUUAACUCACCACGCUGGUACAUAAACAACUUUUCUGAUCAUGAAGCCACUGGUACGGUUCAUCUAUCUUAUCAUCAUGGUGAGCACUACAAUAGCGUCAGGCUGAGGGAAGAUCCAUGUCAAGGUCCUGCAAUGCUUGUUACUAUCAAGACAGAUGCCACUGUAGCUAGCACAAGCAAUAAUGCUCAAACAAAAUCAAAGGACUCGAAGAAAUCUUUAGGCAGAUCAAACUAUGACCACAUAUCAGUUAAAUUGGUAAUGGCUGGAACUGGAUGUCCUAAUGUUGCUAUAGUUGAACAGGUUUUAAAAGACAUGGAUGGUGAUGUUGAUGCUGCUAUAGAGUACAUGUUGGCUGAGCAACUCGUAUUGGGUGCUGAUGAUGCAGAUGGAGAUCCUUACAUGGACUAUACAUAUGAUGACGAUGAGCUUAGCACAAAACAGGGCGACAUUCAACUGGUUGAGCACAAGGAAGAAGAAAGCGACUGUUCUAGCAAAGACCAAACAACUCAGAAACAGAACAGUUCACAUUCUAAAAAGGAAAAGUCGAAAACCGAGGAAUGCUCUUGUGGAUCUGCUAGGAAGCACAAACCUUCUUGUAAUUUAGCCACGAGUGAACCUUCAAAAACAAUUGAACCAUCGAGAGAACCUCCAAGGACCAAAGGUGGCCAAGGGAAGGGCCAAAAGAAGGGGAAGAAGCAAAAGAAGGAACGAGCCGAAGCAUCGGCUGUGCAGAAUCACGAUUCUGAAGUUGUACCAGAUCUAGGAGCUCUUUGCAUAUAAUUGAUCGAGGAUUCUCCGAUGUGUGGGUGUGGCAUCCAGGAAUACGCAGGUCAUCAGUUUUGAAGAGAUGUCUGCCUUGCUUGAACGCCACUGGCUAGAUGGUGAUAUUUCUCUCACACAAUGGCUAGAUGUUGUACACAUUCCACGCGAAUGAAAUCUGCUGACAGAGUUAGCUUAUCCUAAUUUCGGGAUAGGACCGGCCAUGAUGAUCUCAGAUUCUCGGUGGGCACUGGAACAUGAAACAUGAAUGAGCUGUUGAUACAUCGCUUCUUUUCUUCACACAAACUUCACCUGUAGAUCAAUGCGAUGUAAAACAAUGAUAAGUCAUGCAAAGCAAAUUCAUUGUUGGAGUAUGACCAGUAACAAACUAACAAUUGCCCUCCUGUUCUUGUGAAGUAUCCUGUUUUAAAAUAUAAUAAUGUUUUCC